AUGUCUGAAAUUCAAGAAUCCCUAUUGACAAACCCGCCCAGCACUUUUUCAGCUAAUGAAGAUUCUUCAUCUCCGCUUAGACUUCCCCAAAAAAGACAACGUGAAGUCGAGCUUCAAGAGAACCCUUUGCCCACUUUUGAAGAAGCAUACUCAAACAAUAGAAUGUUCAUAAAGCUCGUCAAAGAAUAUUUCAAACAGAAAAUUGAUCCUUCUCUCCAUUUCAAAAUCAAAGAAAUUGUUAACCAAAAAGAAUAUUUAUUUCAAUUACUCAAAGAAACUUCUACUCGUGGCGGCUGGAGACGUAUGAAUGCUUGCCAUGGAUGGCACCAAAUUGCUUCUCUUUUUGGAAAUCUAAGCCCAGAACAGCUCAGAAAAGAUUAUGACGAGCAUUUAUUUAUCAUAGAAAAAGGUCUUUCACCAUUAACAAAAUAUGACAAUUCCACAAUAGAAAAUUACCUAGAAGAGCUCAACCCAGAACUGAUGCAGCAAGCUGUCCUUAUUAGGCCUUCAAAAUUCGAUACAAGUUUGACAGCAAAACAAUGGAAUAGCUAUGUGUUUUCAAGCUUUGGGCUUGCAAGAGGCUACUCUACCUAUAUUUUGAAUAUUGAUAUUUCAGUGUUUAAGAUUGAUAGAAUUACAAAUGUCUACUCCAACAACCCAAUUACUAUAAAAAUUGAAAAUGAUCCUAAAGAAACGUGGUAUAAAGAUAUUACACUUGGUGGAUUUUUAGAUGAGUUACUUACAAGCAAUAACCCGAAAAUUGUGGCAGAGGCAGACUUAAAAGAAUUUUCAGCACUUUAUGAAGAACUGUCAAAGAAACUGCCAAAUGCUCUCCAUUGGAACUCAAAAAAUAAUCUGCUGCGUUAUUAUCCCAAGCUUCUAGGAAUUACAUCACCUAUGCUACUUAUUUUAAACAAUAAUUUUAUCUUCACAGGAGGCCCAAGCUACUUGAAUUCCAGCGGAGUCUACUUGAACUUUGACACAACCAUAGAAUGAUGGGCAAUAGACUCAAAGCAGUUUCCAGUCCUUCAGCAAAAAGUUCUGAGAGAUUUUUCAAUUGAUAUUUCCAAAGAAAAAUGGCUCCCAAACGACCAAUAUCUGCUUGUCCAAAACAUCCCUUUCUGGCACACAACUCAAAGACCAGGCGACAUUAUUUUUGCUCCAAAUGAUAAGGUUUAUUGGAUUACCUCAGUGCUAAAAACUACACUUAUUUAUUGGAAUUUAUUAUCAGACAGUCCUCUAUCACUUGAAGACGCCUGGACAAUCCACAAAUCCAAUUUCAGCAAAGAAUACCCCAAAAAAAUCAACCUGCCAAGGCUUGUGGUCGAAUAUUUAAACAGAGAACUCGGAAAAAUCAGCCAAUCAACCUUUGAGUUCUGCAAAGAGAUGAUAAAUGAGUGUACAGAAUCACAAGAGCUGCCAAAUAAAACAAGACCAGAAGACUCUGACUGCUUAUUUUGUGCUUUUUGUGGAAAAGAUAUUAUCUGGAAAUACUCAAGAUGCAUAAAAUGCCAUAUGAACAGAGGAAUUGACGCUAUUUGUUUAUCAUGCACAACAGGCCAUAAAUGUUUAGAAAUUGUAUUUUUUGAAAAAUACCCUGAGGAGGAAUGGAAAGCAUUUUUAGCCAGGAUUAAUGCGCCACAGGUGGAGAGUUUCCAAGAAAAAAUAUGCAGGACUGAAAUUAAUGAGUUUUGUGGCUGCGGAGAAAAUAUUGCUAUUUCUCCGAGCACUGUUGAAGCUAUUUAUAAUGCACCUCUGAUAAAUGCACAUAUUCAAAUUGAAGCUGUAGAUGAUCCUGAAGAAGUUGAACAAAACUGUGAAGAUAAGGUUGUGGCACCGAUUAAAAUGCCAGAUAUCAAUGAUUUGUAUAAGAAUAAAGGGAAAAAGCAGAGAGAUAUUAGGAAAGCGAUGGAAAAUCCGCUGUCUGGGCCGAGGUUUACGUAUCAACUUGAAGAGAAGGAGUAUCAGUCUAAAGCAAAAGAUGAUGGGAAUGAUAUUUUGAAGAAUUUAAUGAAGGGGAGGAAUAAUGAAUCUGCUCUGUCAAGCUUGGUCAAAAAGCCGUCUUCUAUAUCUGGGUUAAGCAGGCUAAUUUCAAAAGCAAAAACUGAUAAGCAAAAUGUUUAUGAUAAAUAUUAA